AUGGGCGACAGGUCAUCAAUCUGCGUUACUGUACGAGUUCGACCCUUCACAAUCCGGGAGGCAGCUCAAAUAACCCGAAUUGAUGAUGCUCCAACGUUCUUUGGUGAUGGCUCUCUUGCCAGUAUGCCAACGCCAAAGCUCACGGGCAAGGGUGUACGGAGUGUAGUUAAAGUUAUAGAUGAACGUGUCCUUGUCUUUGACCCGCCUGAAGAUAACCCCGUAGCACGAUACCAAAAGACAAUAUUGCCGCAGGGAAAAAAGGUUAAGGAUAUGCGAUUUGGAUUUGAUAGAGUGUUUGAUGAAACAGCAACACAAGAUGAGGUUUAUGAAGCUACGACGAGAUCACUGCUGGACAGUGUGCUGGACGGAUUUAACUCUACGGUGUUUGCAUAUGGUGCAACAGGAUGCGGGAAGACACAUACCAUUAGUGGAACUCCGCAACACCCGGGAAUCAUCUUUCUUACUUGCGCCGAGCUUUUUGAUCGCAUCAACGCGCUCUCUGGAGAGAAAGAAAUUGAGCUCACCCUAUCUUAUCUCGAAAUUUAUAAUGAAACUAUCAGAGAUCUCCUCGUCCCAGGCGGCAGUAAGCUAGGGCUUCAGCUUCGAGAAGACACCAAUCAGAAUAUCUCGGUCGCUGGAUUGUCGACGCAUUCGCCCAAAAAUGUCCAGGAGGUCAUGAACAUGAUUUUGAUGGGGAACGCCAACCGAACAAUAUCACCAACAGAGGCAAAUGCCACCUCUUCACGAUCUCACGCAGUCUUACAAAUUAAUGUCAUGCAGAAGCCCAGGACGGCAGGAAUGUCCGAGAAUCAUAUGUUUGCUACUUUGUCAAUCAUCGAUCUUGCUGGAAGUGAACGUGCAUCAGUCACAAAGAACAGGGGCGAUAGACUUCUCGAGGGUGCCAAUAUCAACAGGUCGUUGCUUGCACUUGGAAAUUGCAUCAAUGCACUUUGUGACCCUCAUAAAUCUAACCAUGUCCCGUACCGAGACUCUAAACUCACGCGUCUUCUAAAGUUUUCACUGGGCGGCAAUUGCAAGACAGUUAUGAUCGUUUGUGUCAGUCCUUCGAGCCAACAUUAUGAAGAGACCCAUAAUACCCUAAAAUAUGCGGAUCGCGCGAAGAAGAUCAAGACAAAGGUUUCCAGAAACACGAUGAACGUGAAUAGGCAUGUAAGUCAGUAUGUUAAAGCUAUCUAUGAGCUCCGGACGGAGGUAGAAGAACUUAAGAAACGCCUCAACGACUCGACAAAGGAAGCUAUGGAGAAGAUAGUUAAGCAGGGGGGUGCCAAGGAUACAGCGAUGAGGGAGGGAGCAAGGAAGCUAAAGGCCGCAUAUGAAAAUUCGAAGGAUCUGCAGAGGGAAAGAAUUAAUGACUUGAAGAGCUUGAGGGUGGUAGAGAGACGUAUAUCGUUAGUCUCCACAUGGAUAGCUGCAUUCGACCACGUGUUCAAGAACCGUCAAUACAAUCAACAACCAACCGUCUAUAAGGCACGAGAUGAAGCUGAGAAAGUGCUUUCAGAGCUAAGAGGAAAUCAGAAAUACCUUCAGCAAAGACUUAGCGGACCGGGCUGUGAAAAGGUUAUUGAUCAAGCCCUAAUGUUAAGUUUGCGCAGCCUCCAAGCAAUCGAAGGUGUUAUGGAAACCGACCUUGCUGCACUAAUCUGUGAGGCCAACCUUCUCAAGAUGACUGCUGAGCGGGACGCACUACACGCAGUGGCGAACACUGAUCCAGACUUCUCCUCUAUAAUACACACUCUCUCAAAGGCCCACUUUGAGACUGUUGCUAAGCUUAGCCAGAUUGGAGAGAUUAACGUUUCAGAAGAACAGGCUGUUGAACAGGCGAGAAAAUCACUUUUCGAGGUCCAAAAGGCUGCAUCGGAUGCGUCGCCAAGACCCGUCAAGGUGAAGACCCCCAAGAAAGGUGUUAAGUUUGGACGAAAGCCAGACCCGAAAAAGAGCGUCAGGUGGCAGGAUGAGGAUGAAGACGAAGAAGACGACACCUUUCUGGAUGAACCGCGCCAAAAACGACUCAACGAGACUUCAACGAUUUUCGAGGAAUCCAUCUAUGAUGAUUCAAACGAAAGGAGCCGACAAGAAUUUUCACUUCCGUUCGAAGCAUCACAAGGGAUUAUAGCUCCCCCAAUAAGGCCAAGGAACAACAGGCUAGAAGUAGGAUUCUUAUCCAAGAAUAAAGAUACCAAGCCAUCAAUCGAUCUAAAUCCGAUGCGGCAGCGCUCGGCGACUAUUACCGUCCGACCGACGAGAAGCCCUGGCGAGCUAAUUCCAGGCCCCUUAAAAGCGCAAUGA